UUAGGUUAUAACUCAAAAUAACCUCAAAGUUCUAGAAGUUUCGUUUCAAGAAUCGGGUAUUAGGAACGUUUCAAAAUGAAAACAAAUAGAAUUAAAAAAGUGAAAAGCAUAACUGCAUUUUAUGAAAACAAUUUUAACUUCAGACAACCAUAUCAAUUAUUGGUUGACGGGACUUUCUGUUUCGCUGCACUGCAGAAUAAAAUCCAUAUCGCAGAUAAUAUUCCAAGGUACUUACUAAAAGAAGUUUCGAUAUUCACGACCCCAUGUGUCAUUAUAGAAAUGGAAAAAUUUGGUAGCAAAGUGCUUGGUGCUUUAGUGGUCUUGAAACAGUUUGGACUGCAUAAAUGUGGACAUGAAAAGCAACCUAUUUCUGCUACUAACUGUCUGUUAUCAAUGAUGGGAGAGAUUAAUGAAAAACAUUAUAUACUAGCUACGCAAGAUAGGGAUUUAGAAGACAAAGUUCGACAGAUUCCAGGAGCAGCUCUACUAUACUUGCAUAAUAAAACUCCUGUUCUUGAAAAGCCCUCAAUGGCUUCUGUAUCAUUUGUUAAGGAUAAACUUUCAGGACUUGGAGCUGUAGAGAGAGAAAAACUGAAGAAAAUGAAAGAAGCCCAUGGAAUUGUAGAGGCACCGAAAAAAAUAAUCAGGAAAAAGAAAGCUAAAGGGCCAAAUCCAAAAUCUUGUCUUAAAAAGAAAAAGAAGGUUCCACAAAAAUCACAAUAAUAAUAUAUUGUUUUGUAAAUAGUAUGAGUAAGGUAAAUUUUUGUAUCAUAUCCAUUAAAGUUAUAAUUUAUUUGA